AUGGCGGUGGACACGGAAACAUUUUACGGGAAGAAGAAAAGAGAGAAACCCAUCUUCGAAGUAAACAUAGAAAAAUACGGAAUCCUGAAAAGGCUAAAACGGUUCGAUCAGUCUGUUUCGCAAGGUGUAAGAAAAAGGUGGUUCUACAAACAGCACGAGGCCCUUUCGCAUUACGCCCAACUAGUCGAAGUAGAUUCAGACGCGAAGGCAGAUACUGAUGUGGAGGCGGAGGGGGGGGCACUCCGAAGUCGGGUCGCCUGCUCCCGCAACGGACAGGGAAUAAUUAUCUACACAGAAGAGAUAGAAAACGCCAAGAGAUGCUUCGUACUGGACAGUCUCUACCGCUUCCUGAAAUUCUACUGCUUCUACGCGUUGUCGUUGGGAGACAUAUAUUUCGAUGAUGGGGGGGCCAGCGACGGGAAAGCACACAAAUCGUCGCCAUGCAAGUCACCGCCAUGCGAAUCGCCGCCAUGCAAAUCGCCUCCAUGCAAGUCACCGCCAUGCAAGUCACCGCCAUGCAAGUCACCGCCAAACGAAGCGCUCACAGGGGACCCCCCACCAAAUGACCAACCGAUGCACCUCUACGAACUCAUCUUGGCGAACGAAAAACGGUGGCUCUUCUUCGACCUGGAGUACGACGUGCUGAGCGGGCAACAAAAUAAGGACUGCGUGCUGUUCAUAUUCCUCAUCGAGCUGUGCCUAUUCGUGUACUCCAACUUCGAUGUAAAAAUUUGCCUAAACGAUGCUAUCAUUUUAGAUAGCUCCACUAGCGAAAAAAUAUCUUUCCAUGUAAUUGUAAAAAAUAUUCAUUCCCUUCACGAUGAUGAUGAUUAUUACGAAUAUUUAAAAGAUUAUUGUCACUUUUUUCAAAAUCGCCUGAACAGGUCAGAUGAUUUUUUUUUUUACAAGUACAAGAAAAGGCAAACAAAGUUCACUGCACAAAGGAGUCAGAAAAAGCUUCUCCUUUUUGACAACGAAAAUUGCAUAAAAUAUUUUGUCGACCUGUUUAUAAAUCACAUCGCGAUAGCCAUACAGGAAAAUGAAAACGCUUGCGUCAUUAAUUUAUCUACUGUUUAUAUACAGCGUGAAAAGGGAUCUCAUCUUCCCGGGGAAGACAACGCCAAUUUGUGUUCCCUUGGCUGUACUAAAGUGGGAGAUCGGACAAACGAUACCCACGAGAGAAGCAUUACAGGAGGAAAUAACAGCACCCGUUGUAACUUCAGGGGGAGUUCUCCAAAUUUUUCUGCGCCAAACGGAGAUCACCAUAGGGGCUCUUUUGCCAACCCUAACUCACAGAACGAACCGAGCGAACACCCCGUUGAGGAGAAAACUCCGCUCGACCUGAUAAACGACUUCAGCGAGAUACACGAUUUUGUGAUGGCCAUCACUGGGGGGGAAAUUCCUGGAGAUGACAGCAGAUCCGUCAGUGGGGGGGAAAUUCCUGGAGAUGACAUCAAACCCGUCAGUGGAAGGAUAAUUCCCAGCGAUCAGAGUAUACAAAAUUAUGUUAACAAAUUGGAAAAUGCAAAAGGAGACAAUUCUUUUGACAGAACAAAUGAUAAUUUCCUCAUUCUGUUAUUUGCAAUGAAGAGGGACGAGAGUGUAGACAAACCGAUCGAAGAGAGUGACCCCCAUAUGGACAACAAAAACGGUGACCCAAAUUCCCAGAAGAAUAUUCUACCCGUAGAGGACACUGAGUGCAGGUCCCCAGGUGAAGAGAGAAACCUGCAGAGCGAUCUCCAAAAUAAGGAGGAACUUUUUCAAAUGCACAAAAAAAAAAAUGCGAACCACGAAAUGGUAUUGCUAAAAUGCAUUGUGGACAACUCUGUGUAUAGCAGGAAUAGGAACUUCCGCAUGAUAUUUUCGAGCAAAAAAAAAAUAAAUAACAGCAAAUUGAUGCUCAGCAGGUAUAAUGUGAAGAGAUAUAGCAAAGAGAACGUGGACAGCUUGAUAUUAAAAAGUCUGGUCACCUUUUAUCAGGACGAUGAUGUCAUUUGUCAAAUAGGGGAGGACGUAAUUUUUAAGAGGGACCAUCUGGAAAACACAGGCAACGCGAAAAGGUCGCGCAAUGGAGCAUCGCCCCUCACCACAGAGCUGUACGUACACAGGAGCAUUAAACUGGACGACAUUAAUGAUGCCCACGUGCACACCAUUUUAAAAAUUAUUUUCUUCUGGAAUUUUGAAUUAUAUAAAAAUUUUAAAAAAAAUAAAAUAUAUGUAAACAAAUUUCAAGGAGAAAUUAGCAAGGAAUAUUUUUACAGAAUUGUUUCCAUUCAUAAUAAGCUACAGUACGACCUCUACAGGGAUGGCGCAAUCGAGGGGGAAAUCGCCGUAUCGGAGGAAUAUUCUGCCAUGGGAAAGGCAUGCACACAGGAAAUAGACAAAAAAAACAGCACAGCAGAGGAGAUGGAAAUGCAAAAGGACGGUCAUGUGUCUCUCCUGCGAAAAGGCAUAAUCACACCACAAUUUUGCAAAAACUUAGACACAUAUGAUGAUUUAUUUUUAAAAAAUGAGAAAUUUUAUUCGUAUGUCUUGGAUGAGUAUACAAAAUGCACACAAAUAAAAAAAGAAAAAAAUGACUCCCUCCUCUUGCUUAUAAAAUAUUUUAUAUAUUCCAUCACAUGCAACUCGGAGGAGUACAUUCUCCAUUUCAGGGAAAACAAAUUUUGUAAAAAUAAAAACCGUGCACACAAAUCGAAUCACAUAUACCUUGUUUUUAACCAUCUCAAAAAUUUGUUCGUGCAAAAAUGUCAUGACAGUGAGUGCUCCCACUUCGUUUCGGAGAUUUAUUAUCUGUAG